AUGUGGCGGCACAUUUUCUUGCUGUUAGCUCUACUCCCCUAUAUUCAAGCUACACAAACAAUUACCUGUACCAAUGGGUUCACACUGGUUGGGAAUAAGUGUCUGAAACUAUUCACUACCCCGACAUCCCGUAGAAAUGCAUCGAAGACUUGUGCAGAGUACACAGGAAAUCUGGUAACGAUUCAGAAUCAGGAGGAAAAUGACGCCCUUGCAUCAUUUGUUGGGGACGGCGUGAAGAGUGUCUGGCUGGGACUUUAUUGUUUUGGAGGCACGACGGGCUGUCUUUGGGAUGAUGCGUCAGGAUCAAUCGAGGGUUUCACCAGUUUUGUCUACGAUUCAAAUGAUGCCUACAAUAUCUACAAAUGUUCCACCUACAAAGUUACCGGUUCGUGGAGUAAGAAAUGGUUCUGCGGGGAUUGCAGUUAUGAUUUAAGACCGUUUGUAUGUCAGAUACCGACAACUUAUGAAGAUGACUGUGCUUUAAACUUCAACGGAAACUGCUACCUUCCAUCGGAAAACUUCUUUUCAUCCCAAGUCAUCGGAAUUGAUUCUGCUAGACAAUGGUGUCUAAACAACUGUGCAGAUCUGGUGUCGAUUCACUCUGCUAACGAACUUCGUCUCAUCCAAAAUUACUACAAGUCGAAAGAUCAUGAGUCUAUUCUGAUUGGAGCUGUCACAAACUCUGGAAAAUCUUUUCUCUGGACUGAUGGCUCCACAUGGGAUUAUUCAAGUGUUGUUGGCUCGGGACAAUCUUCUGGAACAUGUGUAAAACUUGCUCUAAAAACCAGUGGAAGUCGAGUAAAAGGUUCAUUGUAUGUCACUAAAUGUGAAGAGAGUAACUACUAUAUGUGCAAACGGCCCGCCGGUAUUUCAUGUGUUGGAGAGCCAGCGCCUAGCGGUGGAGCACCUCCGGUAACCCCGAAUUGCAAUGAAUUCCUUAUGAACGCUGGCUCGUUCUCUUCACCAAACUACCCGGAAGCCUAUUCUGAUGGAGAGAGUUGCACCUACGGUCUGGGUACUCUCGGGUCACAACGGAUUCGAGUCACGUUCUCCAAUAUCGUCGUGAAGGAUCAGGAAGACUCCAUUCGGAUUUAUGAUGGGGAUUCGGUGGAAAGCCCGCUGGCACUGAUAAUAACUGGAAGACAUUCCGAGCCCGUUUAUUAUGAAUCGUCUACAAAUAGGGUUUUUGUGACGUACAAUAGUGUAGAUAAUUAUGAUACUGAUAUUGCUAGAACUGGUUUCAAAGCCGAUUUUGUCACUAUUGUUUGA